AGGGUGGUUGGCAAUGCUGUCCAAGCCACUGUUUGUUACCUGGGUCCCUUGUGUGGAUAUGUACCCUCAGCCAGGCAAUUUCUUUUUCUCCAUCCUGUGCAGUUACUGUUUGUUCAUUGUAGUGUUGCUUCUGACUUUGGUUAUCAACUUUUGCUAUUAGCAGAAAAAGCAUUGAGUUAUUUUGGGGGAUGAGCACUCCCUGAAGAAAUACCUAGACUUUGCAAACAGAUCUAACUGGGUCCAUCCUUCUUUCCCAGGGCUCUUUGGAAGGGAGGGUUAGAGAGGGAUGAUCAGGUAUGCAUGAGACGACUUCAGUUCACAUACUUUAAUCCCGCUUCUCGAAUGUUCUUAAUCCUUGGCUAGAGUGUCCGCGCUUUCUGGAGGCAAGAGGGACUGAAAAUACAGUGAAAAAUGGAUUCUCUGGACCACAUGCUGACAGACCCAUUGGAGCUAGGACCAUGUGGGGAGGGAAAUGGCACACGGAUCAUGGAGGACUGCAUGCUAGGAGCAACAAGAGUUAGCCUGCCAGAGGACCUCCUAGAGGAUCCUGAGAUCUUUUUUGAAGUUGUCAGCCUAUCUACGUGGCAGGAGGUUCUGACAGACUCACAGCGAGACCACCUAAAGAAGUUCCUGCCCCAUUUCCCGGAAAACAACCCUGAGCACCAGAACAAGCUCAUCCCAGCUCUGUUCAGCGGAGAGAACUUUCGCUUUGGAAACCCACUGCACAUUGCCCAGAAACUCUUCCGGGAUGGGCACUUUAAUCCUGAAGUUGUGAAAUACCGCCAGCUCUGUUUCAAGUCCCAGUACAAACGCUACCUGAACUCCCAGCAGCAGUACUUCUACCGACUCCUCAAGCAGAUCCUUGCUUCCCGCAAUCACCUGCUCAAUCUGGCUAGGAAAGGUGGCCCUGAUCUGACCCUUAAGAAAAAAUACCCAUCCCCUCCGUGUGGCCCGGAAGAACGGGAUAGACGGACACAUCAACGCUACCUGAAAGUCCUGAGGGAGGUGAAGGAGGAAUGUGGAGACAACACCUUAUCCUCUGAUGAAGAAGAUCUAAGUUCCUGGCUUCCAAAUUCUCCAGCACAUUGCCCGAGUCCAGCUCUUCCCGUCAGAGUGAUCCCCACAUUGUCAACUCUGGAUAUGAAAACAGCAGAUAAAUUUGAUUUUGGGGAGAAUGACCUGAAGGUGAUGCUGAAGAAGCAUCAUGAGAAACGGAAACGUCAGCCUGACCACCCUGACCUAGUGACAGGGGACCUGACUCUCGAUGACAUCAUGACCCGUGUGAAUGCCGGCCGAAAGGGCUCCUUGGCAGCCUUGUUUGAUCUUGCCAUCAUGAAGAAGAAGGUGAAAGAAAAGGAAGAAAAGAAGAAAAAAAAGUUGAAGGUUAUUAAAUCCGAGGUGGAAGAUUUGGCCGACUCCUUUAGCAAUGCUGAUGGAAUCCCCCCAAUAUCACAGGACCCAUCCACCAUUGCUCUGUCAGCUGUUAAAGAAGAACCUCUUGAAGAGAUCAAGCCAUGCAUUGGAGUAAAUGAAAUCUCUUCCAGCUUCUUCUCUCUCCUUCUGGAGAUCCUCCUUCUAGAAGGACCUACUAGUCUCUCUGUGCUUGAGGAUAAAGUUCUGGAUUGGCAGUCUUCCCCUGCAAGCACUCUGAAUAGCUGGUUCUCCUUUGCCCCUAAUUGGUCAGAACUGGUUUUACCUGCUCUGCAAUAUCUGACAGGUGACAGCAGAGAUGUUCCUUCCAGCUUUUCUCCCUUUGUGGAAUUCAAAGAAAAAACUCAGCAGUGGAAAUUACUUGGCUCUUCCCAAGACCACGAGAAGGAACUGGUAACGCUCUUCCAGCUCUGGUUGGAGACCAAAGACCAGACGUUUUUCAAGGAAAACGAAGACAGCUCAGAUGCCACUACACCGAUUCCCCGGGUGACUGACUAUGUGGUCCGUCCCAGCACUGGGGAGGAGAAACGCGUUUUCCAGGAGCAGGAGCGCUACCGUUACAGCCAGCCCCACAAAGCCUUCACCUUCCGCAUGCAUGGCUUUGAGUCAGUGGUUGGUCCUGUGAAGGGAGUGUUUGACAAGGAGACCUCGCUGAACAAAGCCCGGGAGCAUUCUCUCCUGCGAUCCGACAGGCCUGCAUAUGUCACCAUCUUGUCUCUUGUUAGAGAUGCUGCGGCCCGCCUUCCUAAUGGAGAGGGUACACGUGCUGAAAUCUGUGAGCUGCUUAAAGAUUCCCAGUUCCUGGCUCCCGAUGUCACCAGUGCCCAAGUUAAUACAGUUGUGAGCGGUGCCCUGGACCGGCUACACUACGAGAAAGAUCCCUGUGUGAAAUACGAUAUAGGACGCAAACUGUGGAUAUACCUGCACCGGGACAGGAGUGAAGAGGAGUUUGUUUUUCUUUAUUCAGGGAUUGUCCCCCAAUUGUUCCUGUCUGCAGAACGGAUUCACCAAGCUCAAGCUGCUGCAGCAAAGGCCAAGAAAGCGCUUCAGCAGAAACCGAAACCUCCAGCCAAGAUAAAGUCUAGUAGCAAGGAGAGUUCAGUGAAAGUGUUCCCCAGCAGUGCUUCAGAGCCCAGCCAGCUGAGCCUCAGUGACUCCAGCAUGCCACCAACCCCUGUGACUCCAGUGACGCCCACCACACCAGCCUUGCCAGCAACACCCAUUUCACCUCCUCCAGUCUCUGUGGUUAGCAAGACUGUUCCAAGUGUUGGACCGGAGCCAGCUAAGCCAAGCCAAAGCGUUCUCUUGGUGUCAUCUCCUCCUAUGCCUCAGCUUGGGACACUGCUCUCCACAGGUCAGAGUGCACAGACACAGGCUGGGCCACAGCCACCUCCCGCCAGGGUGGUAAGCCAUACCUCCGCCUCCUCGGGACUCCCCCAGGUCCGAGUGGUCACUGCGCAGUCCAGCCUCCCACCUGUGUCUCAGCAAACCCCAGUGGUAACACAGCAGCAGCAGCAACCUGCAUCAGUGCCUCAAAUACGUGCUACAGCCACACAAACAAAAGUACCACCUCAGGCUGUUAUGACUGUACCAGUGAAAGCCCAAACCAGUCCUGUACAGGUGCAACGGCCGGGAGCAUCUGUGACAGGACAGGCAGGUAUCGCUGUGACGGCACUCUCUGCAGCAUCCAGCCCCACUGCAAAGCCAGCAACCAGUUCUCCAGGCAGCUCUGGCCCAACCUCCUCCUCUUCCACUGCUGUCAUCCAGAACGUAGCUGGCCAGAAUAUCCUUAAGCAGGUGGCUAUUACAGGCCAACUUGGCAUGAAGACCCAGGCUGGAAGUGGCAUCCCACUCACAGCUGCUAACUUCCGGAUCCAAGGAAAGGAUGUACUGCGCCUGCCUCCCUCUUCCAUCACCACGGAUGCCAAGGGACAGACUGUGCUGCGGAUCACCCCAGACAUGAUGGCCACCCUUGCCAAGUCUCAAGUCACCACAGUCAAAUUGACUCAGGACCUCUUCACAGCUGCUGCCGGAAGCACCGCUAGCGGGAAGGGCAUCUCUGCAACUCUGCACGUGACAUCCAGUCCUGUCCAGUCUGCUGAUUGCCCAGCCAAGACUAGCACAGCCACUUCUGCUUCUCCCAGCCCUGCUGGGACCACAGUUGUUAAAGUGACACCUGACUUAAAGACUGCAGAGUCAACCAGUUCAGCUUUCAGACUGAUGCCUGCUCUGGGCAUGACUAUGGCAGACCAGAAAGGCAAAGCCAUUACUACAGUGGCAUCCACUGAGGCAAAGCCAGCUGCCACCAUAAGAAUUGUGCAAGGGCUGGGGGUUAUGCCACCGAAAGCAGGGCAGACUAUUACUGUAGCCACUCAUGCCAAGCAAGUGCCCUCUUCCUCUUCAGUGAGCAUGCCUGGCACAGUUCAUACCUCAGCUGUUUCUUUACCAACCAUGAGUGCUGCGGUGUCCAAGGCAGUUGCUGUGGCCUCUGGGGCAGCUGGCACUCCCAUAACCAUAGGAACAGGAGCCACUGCUGUGCGGCAGGUACCCGUGAGCACCACAGUCGUAUCUACAUCCCAGGCAGGUAAACUGCCAGCUCGAAUCACGGUGCCGCUAUCAGUGAUCAGCCAGCCAGUGAAAGGCAAGAAUGUGGUGACAGCCCCCAUCAUCAAGGGCAACCUUGGGGCCAACAUUAGUGGACUGGGUCGGAAUAUCAUCCUGACUACCAUGCCAGCUGGGACAAAACUGAUUGCUGGGAACAAACCAGUGAGCUUCCUGACAGCCCAACAGCUACAACAGCUGCAGCAACAAGGCCAGGCCACGCAGGUGCGAAUUCAAACAGUAUCAGCCUCCCAUCUCCAGCAAGGAACAGUGUCGGGCUCUACCAAAGCAGUCUCUACUGUUGUUGUGACAACAGCACCAUCUCCGAAACAGACACAGGAUCAACAGUGAGCAUCAGUUGUGAAAAGGGAUCACUUUCCAAGAGCUUACCUGGCCUUAUUAUCCUUCCCCCAUCUAUCACCAGUCAGGGCUUCUUAGGUGCCAACACAGACCAUCCAGAGAUUGGACUAGAGCCUCACCUGUGCCAAAAGGAAAACAUGGCUUGCCUUGGGCCAGAAUUGUGGUAUCCAGUGAAAACCUCAGUACAGCAACACAAGACUCUGUACUUAAGAACCUAAACAUCUCAGUCUAGAGUUGUAAAAUCAAGCUCUAUAACAGUGACUAAUUGGAGGUUUUA